AUGAACACAAUAAUAUCAUUCAUCCGUGAGUUCUUCAACAAAUCACGUCAGCCCGUGAAGUAUUGCUCUAUGGUAGGCUUGACGAUGGGUGUCCAGGAGAUUUGUCAGGAAGUUGUAUUUGAUUGUCCAUGCAAAAGACAUUUCGAGUAUGGACUGGCAUUUUUAUGCGGACCAGCCAUUCUUUUGUUUUUCUUGAGCGUUUUCCUGGAUGACACUCUGUGCCGUAUUGACCCUGAAAGGAACACCGAGAAAGUCAUGAGAACCCCGGUAUGUCACUGUUUCAAUUCACUGUUCCCUAUAAUCUAUGCAAUGACACUAGCAAACGUCGCUCCAGUUGCCUGGUUGGUUCUAUCUUUCUUGCAGCAACAGUACUACACAUGCGCAUACUUUGGACCUCCUCUUGCCGAUAGAGUUUCAACGACUCCAAAUGCAACUGACAGAUGCCAUUUUAAGCUGGGAUUUCGAUCAAAAGAGAUGGAAGAAAGCUACAAAACCGGCAGUCAGAUUGCAGGCUGGUCACUCAUGAUCAUAUUCGUGCUCGUCCUUGUCAUUUCCAUCUCCAUAAGUCAAUGCAUGAAAAAAGGAAAGCGUCUGAAAAUACCGAGUCCUGAAUACUACCACCAUGUUGAAGCCCGAGAAGCUGUUGAGCAGUACCACGCCAUUGCACUGCAACGCGUCAAAGAACAAGCAAAGAUGGUUAUUGAAAAUUUGUUCUCAGAAACGGAGAGCCAUAAAGAUGUCUAUUCCUAUUUGAAACACGUUGGAGAUAAAGUUGGCAAAUUAUACUAUGGGUAUUUAGAAAUACCACUGAAGAAGCAACAAAGUACGUCAGAUGACCCCUAUCAGAUUUCCGGUGAUCUAGUGACAGAGGUAGAUGGCCCAAAAGAAAUACACGUUGAAAUGCAGCCCUUCUGCAGUGGUGUAGAUUAG